AUGUCCUUUGUAAGUAACAAACAACAGAGGCUCAUAGAUGAUUCGGCAGCGAACUCAGUUAAGUUUUAUGAUAAAAUCACAUCUCAGUACUUAAAGUUACGACAAGAAUUAUACCUGUUGAACGUUACAAUAAUACAGGAGAGCAAUGAUGGAAAGGUCACAGAAGAAAGUAAAUUGAAGUUUGAACAAAUGCGUUUCGAGUUAGAUCGAGUUGUUGAAUUGUACAGAACGCACAUCAAUGAAAUAACGAACAGUCUCGUAAUUCGAAGGACUUAUACACCUCCAUAUGUCACUAACUUAAAAUCAGAAUUCACACAAUUGACUGCGAAGAUGGACACUCUUCAGCAAGAAAUUAAAGACAUAAAAGAAAUACAGAAACCCAUUCUUGACAAGAUGAAAAUUCUAGUUAAAAGUUUCGAUAACAACUUAGUGGCUAAAACUUCCAAAACCUUCAACCCUAACUCCAUAAGGAAAGAAUACGAUGACAGUGUCCCCCAGAUUAAUUUACACUCAUUGAUUUUCGAAUAUGAAGAAAUUAGAGCGAUUUUUAAAGACAUUAACUUGAAUUUUGAUCAAGAAGAAUCAGAACUUCCUCAAGUUGAUACCAUCAAAAGCUUGGAUGAGCAGUUGAAAAACUCAAAAAUAUUGGAUAAUUUUGCUGAGAACAAAUACUGUUACAAACUCAACAAAUCACAGUUGCAUGAGGUUGGCCGCUUCCCUACACUUGACGAUUAUGAUAAAGCCAUAGAGCAAACACUCCAUGGAAUUAAAGAUUUACUCUCCGAGGGUGCGCAAAUCAAGGACAGAUGGACCGUAAAUGCCAGAAGAUUGGAGGUGAUUAGGGACGCUUUACAGAUUUAUAAUGACUCAGAAAUUCAAUAG